GGCCGGUGACUGUCGCAAAUCACACACCGUAUCUUCAUGGAAGUGUUAGGCAAAUAGAGACGUGCUACCUGUUAGCUAGCAGGCUCGAUAAUGGAGUAAAAGCGAUUAAUAUGUCAUUAUUAUAUCUGAAGGAGUCCUUAAGGUGAAUAGAAAGCUGCCGGUGUUCAGUGUUGUGAUGACCAGAAGAUGGACUUCAACAGGACUGUUCUGGUGACUGGAGGCUCUGGAUUCAUUGGCUCCCAUCUUGUAUGUUCGCUGGUGAACAGGCACCCAGACUGGAGAAUUAUCAACCUCGAUAAUUUGGAUUACUGCUGCAGCCCCAGGAGUCUGGAGAGUGUUGAAGACAGAGCCAACUACACCUUUAUCAGGGGAGACGUGUGCAACUCACGGCUGGUUAAUCACAUUUUCAACACAGAAAACAUCGACGUGAUCUUUCACCUGGCGGCCCAAACACACGUCGAGAGGUCGUUUGAAAGUCCGUCUAGUUUCCAGCGUGUUAACAUUGAUGGGACCAGAGUUUUACUGGGAGCCGCCCAUCAGUCCCGACACCAGCCACAGCGCUUUAUCUACGUCAGCACUGAUGAAGUGUACGGAGCCAGUCUGGACCAGGUGUUUGAUGAGAGCAGUCCAGUGAGGCCCUCUAACCCAUAUUCUGCCACUAAAGCAGCUGCUGAGUACCUGGUCCAAUCCUACUGGGACAAAUUUAAGUUUCCUAUCAUCAUUACCAGGAGCAACAACAUCUACGGGCCCAGGCAGUACACUGAGAAGGUCAUUCCGAGGUUUCUCACCCUCUUGCAGAGGAACAAGAAAUGCACCAUCCAGGGAACCCUGCCUAAAUCCCGCCAUUUCCUGUUUGUCGAUGACGCCAUCAACGCAUUUCUGUUGGUUCUGGAGAAAGGGAUCGUGGGAGAAAUCUACAACAUGGGCACAAGCUGUGAGAUUCCCAUCAUGCAACUGGCCAGGGAACUUGUUAAGAUGGUCAAGAAAGUGCCCGACUCUGAGGUAAAAGAUUGGCUCGAGUUUGUGCCAGACAGGCCGCAUGUGGACCUGCGCUACCCCAUCACAUGUGAGAAGCUGCAGCAGCUAGGCUGGAGAGCAGAGGUGUCCUGGGCUGAAGGCAUCAGACAGACGGUCAAAUGGUACCAAGUCCACCCAGACUUCUGGUCAGAUGCAAGAGAGGACCAAGAACAAAUCCGAAGCCAGCUUGAAAAUGCAGAGUGAAAAGAGACCCAAAGCAGUGACUUAUCUACAAAUGAUUUCAUGACACGGCCAAUUUACCUCAAAACUUACAAAUAAUGAAGACGAUAUAACUCAGUCUCGCUUUAUAGUAUAGUUAGAAUAGUUUACCUGAAGUGCUAGACAAUAGGAAGGCAGAGCCUCCCUUCAACCAAAGCAAAAGUUACACCUGGAAAUGAGUGCACUUUAUUUUGAUAUUAAUUACGGAUUCAGCAUAGCUUAUGACGACAAGCAUCACACAGAUCCUGAAUGUACAGUGACAUUUUUGAAUGACUGGGGAAUGUGCACAUUCAUGAACAUCCACAGGGUAGGACUCAAAUUAAGCAGGUGGCUCGUAAAAUCCAACGACCAAAUGUUCUAGUGUUGAUCGGCUCAGAACAGAUAAGACAUAAGUAUUGCAUUUACAUGCACUCAAGUAACAGUUACUGUAAAUCAGUUGCUUAAGUGCAUGUAAACACACUAGCUCCUGCUAACAUUCAGCAAGGUUGGGUAGCAAGUUUUAGCAACUGUAGGUGCAACUUUACAUUCCAAAUGUAAGUUUAGUCUUUUACAGCACAAGCAUUAUUUUAUCAAAUAAAGAUUCUUUGAUUUUGUUAUAGCAGUGGACUUAUAAUGAAAGGAUGAGAAGGGAACUCAAAUUCAAUUCAUCUGUCAUUUGUUUUAUACACAUUGAGAGGUUUUUCACUUUGUCCAGUAUUUAACUGCAAAUAAACUUGAUUAUU